AUGCGUCGCCGACCGCUCUGCACCUCUGCAUCUCGCGUAACAGCUUCCCUGCUGCUGUCGUUCCUCGCCGUGAGCAGUGCAGCCGAGCUCCCCAUCCUCCCAGCGCCACCCAUCUCGCCGCAACCGCACAGCAGCGAGAAGGACUUUUCGCUGCGGCACAUCUUCCACCAUGGCACGUACAAGUAUCCAGAGCUUCAUCGGAGACUGGAUGUGCCGGAAAAUGCGGCAGUAUGGGCAGCAGAGCACCUGCACUCGGAGCACCGCGAGCCCGUGCCCCGGUUGCGUGUGAAGGCCGAGCCGAUGAGCAUUCAGCGGUUAGCAGACAGGAGCAAAGAGGCCAUAGACGGCAUCCUAGAAUGGGGCAGGAUGAAGGGAAGAGCCGUGCAGCUGGCUGAGGACGACUGGACCAUAGACGAGAUCGCCGGACCCAACGUCACCGACAGGGAGACGGUGUUGAGUUUUGCGCGCAUGGCCUCGAAUGCAUACAUCUUGGAGCCUAACACGGGCGAGUGGGAAGACGUGGGCGGUGGCUUCAACUACACCGAAGACUUCGGGUGGGAGUCGGACGGGCUGCGAGGGCACAUCUUCGCCGACACGGAGAAUUCCACCGUCGUGAUAGGCCUCAAGGGAACAUCGCCCGCCAUGUUCGACGGCUCCGAGACCACCACCAAAGACAAGGAAAACGACAACCUCUUCUUCAGCUGCUGCUGCGGACAGGGCGGCCAGUUCCUAUGGCGACAGGUGUGUGACUGCCAGACCUCGGCAUACACUUGCAAUUCGACCUGCUUGGUGACAGCACUGCGCGAGAAGAACCGCUACUACUAUGCCGCACAAGAUCUUUACCAUAAUGUGACGGCGCUCUAUCCGCAUGCCGAGAUAUGGAUGGCCGGUCAUUCACUGGGCGGCGCAGUUUCGUCGUUCCUAUCCUUGACCUUUGGCCAUCCCGCUGUGACUUUUGAAGCUGUUCCCGAAGCAAUGCCGGCAUCACGCCUCGGUCUUCCAGUACCGCCCGGCCACGAAAUUGGGUCACUCCAGAAGAGAAAGAUGACCGGCGGCUAUCACUUUGGGCACACUGCGGACCCCAUAUACAUGGGACAGUGCAACCAAGCUACCAGCGUGUGCACCUUUGGCGGCUACGCUCUGCAGAGUGUCUGCCACACAGGCAAGAAGUGUGUCUACGACACAGUCAAAGACCUCGGCUGGCGCGUCGGCAUUGGCACACACAAGAUUGUCGAGGUCAUUAAAGAUGUUAUAGAAAAGUACGAUGCCCCUCCCAUUUGCGAGCCGUACAUUAACUGUACGGACUGCUACACCUGGAAGUACUUUGAAAGCAACGGCACCGAGACUACCACUACCAGUACCUCGAAGCCCACAUCCACUUCCAAAUCGAGCAAAUCCAACACCCGCACCAGGACCGAAACAUGCAAGACGCCAGGCUGGUGGGGCUGUCUUGACGAAACUACCACAGGCACACAGACUUCAACAUCAACACCCAAACAUACAUCCACAUCCUCCACCUCCACCUGCAAAACCCCCGGCUGGUUCGGCUGUAAAGGACGGCAACGGCGAGCCAACCACAACAACAACAAAGUCCUCGCACACAACUACCCCCGCCCCAGCACCCACCGCAACAACAACAUCCUCUUCCUCCCCAACAUCAACUUCUUCAUGUCUGUACCCAGGCUGGUUCGGCGACUGUCUCGACGGCGACGACCCUCCCUCCCGAACAAAACUGAGGUCGUCAACUCCAGCGCCAACCACUUCGUCUACGUCCUGCACGCAUGA